AAAAAGACACGCUGCGCUCACAGAGUCUCUCCACACGCUUCCAGCAAGACACCAAACCAGCUUCUAUUUUUCACGAUGUCACCGUGGCACGACCUGAAGAAGUCCAGCACGAUAUGAGGAUCGUGGGUUACGUCGUUAAAGUAGAUUUGUAGAGUCGGAGAAAUCAUUCCAGCGAAAGAGCUCCAGCUGCUCGACUUCUUUGUCACGUUUAUCCACUUUGGGGAGAGAGAGAAAAAAGCGCGACAGCUAAGAGUAGGUGAAGAUUUUCAAACCCCGUCUACAACUUGAAGAAGGCGAAGUUCGUCAUGACUUCCGAAAAGAAAGUGGAGGAUGAAGCAGUCUUGGACAGAGGAGCAUCCUUCCUCAAGCAUGUCUGCGAUGAAGAGGAAGUAGAAGGUCACCACACUGUAUACAUCGGUGUGCAUGUUCCCAAGAGUUACCACCGGAGGAGACGCCACAGACGCAAGUCUAGCCACAAGGAGAAGCGGGAACGACCCGAACAGAGUACGGAAGGAUCCAAGUCGGAUGUGGAGAAUGUAGAUGAAUCCACCGCAAACGUCCUCAAACCUCUCAUUUCUCCAGCUGAGAGGAUCAGGUUUAUCCUGGGAGAGGAGGACGAUGGUCCCCCACCACCUCAGCUCUUCACCGAGCUGGACGAGCUGCUGGCUGUGGACGGGCAGGAGAUGGAGUGGAAGGAGACAGCCAGGUGGAUCAAGUUUGAGGAGAAGGUGGAGAAGGGUGGCGAGCGCUGGAGUAAGCCUCAUGUGGCCACGCUGUCCUUGCACAGCUUGAUGGAACUCAAAACGUGCAUCGAGAAGGGCACCAUCAUGCUGGACCUGGAGGCCUCCACACUGCCACAGGUUGUCGAGCUGAUCACCGACAGCCAGAUUGAGACCGGUCAGCUGAAGGCAGACCUGAAGGAGAAGGUCAUGUACACGCUGCUACGGAAGCAUCGGCACCAGACCAAGAAGUCCAACUUGCGCUCCCUAGCCGACAUUGGCAAGAGUGUUUCCAGUGCAAGUAGGCUGUUUUCCAACCAGGAUAUAGCACGCAACCCCCUUGAGAACCCUGUGCCUUAUUUAACCCCACAAGGCCCAGAGGAACCAUGUGAGGUCACAAGGAGCUCCAGCAUGGGAUACCUCUGUAGCCCAACUACUGCCCAUCGAAACCUCACCUCCAACAGCCUGAGUGACUUCUCUGACAAACCAGAGAAGGAUCAGCUGAAGAAUAAGUUCAUGAAAAAGUUGCCCCGUGAUGCAGAGGCAUCAAAUGUGCUGGUUGGAGAGGUAGACUUCCUGGAAACUCCCUUUGUAGCGUUUGUUCGUCUGCAGCAGGCUGUCAUGCUGGGGGCUCUAACAGAGGUCCCAGUGCCCACGAGAUUUCUCUUUGUCCUGCUGGGCCCCAAAGGGAAAGCAAAGUCCUAUCAUGAAAUAGGAAGAGCCAUUGCCACCUUGAUGUCCGAUGAGGUAUUCCACGAUAUUGCCUAUAAAGCGAAAGACAGGCAGGACCUGCUGGCUGGUAUCGAGGAGUUCCUGGAUGAGGUCAUCGUCCUGCCACCCGGAGAAUGGGACCCUGACAUCAGGAUAGAGCCACCAAAGUCUCUGCCCUCCUCAGACAAGAGGAAGAACAUGUAUUCCGGAGUAGAGGCGCCUCAGAUGAACGGUGACACUCCCCAUGAUGCGGGACAUGGAGGGGGAGGAGGACACCAGGUCGGAGAGGAGCUUCAGCGCACUAGAAAGUUUUGUGGAGGUCUUUUUCUGGAUAUCAAGCGGAAGCUGCCAUUUUUUGCCAGUGACUUCUAUGACGCACUACAUAUCCAGUCUCUGUCCACCAUCUUGUUCAUCUAUCUGGGCACCGUCACCAAUGCGAUCACGUUUGGAGGCUUACUUGGUGACGCCACAGACAACAUGCAGGGAGUGUUGGAAAGUUUCCUGGGUACGGCACUGACAGGCACAGUGUUCUGCCUGCUGGCUGGUCAGCCCCUGACUAUUCUCAGCAGCACAGGCCCGGUGCUUGUCUUUGAAAGACUCCUCUUCAACUUCAGCAAAGACAACGGGUUUGACUACCUAGAGUUCCGGCUGUGGAUCGGCCUGUGGUCAGCUAUAUUCUGUCUGGUGCUGGUCGCCACAGAUGCCAGCUUCCUGGUGCAGUACUUCACGCGUUUCACCGAGGAAGGCUUCUCUGCGCUCAUCAGCUUCAUCUUCAUCUAUGAUGCGUUCAAAAAGAUGAUAAAGCUGGGCCACUACAACCCGAUCAACUCGGAUUACGAUUCCAAUCUCGUCACUCAGUACGAGUGCCAUUGCAUGCCGGGCAACUCAUCAGAACUCAUUGAUGUCUCUGCCUGGACAAACAGUACAGAUCUGCCAGCAAACGCCACCUGGGCGUCCCUAACCAGGAAGCAGUGUCUGAAGUACGGAGGGAAGCUGGUCGGAGAGACAUGUGGCUUUGUGCCUGACAUCACCCUGAUGUCCUUCAUCCUGUUCUUUGGGACUUACACCUGCUCCAUGGCUCUGAAGCAGUUCAAGACAAGUCGCUUCUUCCCCACCACAGUGAGGAAGCUCAUCAGUGACUUUGCGAUCAUCCUGACCAUUUUUGUCUUCUGCGGCGUGGACGCCUUCGUCGGUGUGAACACUCCAAAGCUCAUAGUGCCAAGUGAAUUCAAGCCCACAAGUCCACUGAGGGGCUGGUUUAUUCCUCCAUUUGGAGGAAACCCCUGGUGGGUGUACCUGGCAGCCGCACUCCCCGCUCUGCUGGUCACCAUUCUGAUAUUUAUGGACCAGCAGAUCACUGCUGUGAUUGUCAACAGGAAAGAGCAUAAACUCAAGAAAGGGGCAGGCUAUCACUUGGAUCUGUUCUGGGUAGCUAUCCUCAUGAUUAUCUGCUCUUUCAUGGGCCUGCCGUGGUACGUGGCUGCCACCGUCAUCUCCAUCGCCCACAUUGACUCUCUGAAAAUGGAGACCCAGACCUCAGCCCCCGGGGAGCAGCCCAAAUUCCUGGGUGUUAGGGAACAAAGAGUCACCGGUAUCUUUGUUUUCCUCCUGACUGGACUCUCCGUCUUCAUGGCCCCUAUCCUCAAGUUCAUUCCCAUGCCUGUGCUUUACGGUGUGUUCCUCUACAUGGGUGUGGCAUCACUCAAUGGUGUCCAGUUCAUGGACCGCCUGCAGCUGCUCCUGAUGCCAGCCAAGCACCAGCCGGACCUGAUCUACCUGCGACACGUCCCCCAGAGACGCAUCCACCUCUUCACCUUCAUCCAGGUCCUGUGUUUGGCCCUCCUCUGGAUCCUCAAGUCUACUGUGGCUGCCAUCAUCUUUCCUGUCAUGAUCUUGGCACUGGUUGCUGUUCGUAAGGCGAUGGACUACGUGUUCUCCCAACAUGACCUCAGCUACCUGGAUGAUGUCAUCCCAGAGAAAGACAAGAAGAAGAAAGAGGAUGAGAAGAAAAAGAAAAACAAAAAAAAGGGAAGCAUCGACAGUGAAAUUGAAUUUUCUGACUUCCCCUACCAUGAAAAUGUCCCCACUAUAAAAAUCUCUAUGGAUAUGAUGGAGCAGGAGCCCAUGUUGGGGGAUAAAUCUUUGGAUAGAGAUAAAUCCCAGAAUUUCCUUAACACGCAUUCGCCGUGCUGAACGCUACUUCGACUCUUCCACGGUGGCUGAGUAAUCUUGACAAAAGUUCUUACACGAAAGGUUUGCCUCAGAUUCGAAUAGGCGGGAACUCUGAGGAGAACGGUUUCUUCUGGAGGAAGAGCUCUGAAACAGAUCUGUGAAUAAAUUAUCCAAAGAUCCAGCAGAACCAGCACAACAUAGCAAACAGACCCAUCCUCUUUUGUACUAUAGUACCGCUUUGUAGCGGUAUUUUUAAUAUUCCUCAUGUGAGGAUUUAAAUCAGAAUGGCUGGAAGUAUUUAUCUUAAAAUUGAAACACUUUGGUGGUACUGAUUUUUAUUAAGGGCUACGUUUGAGCAUUCUUCAUCUGCUUGGGUUCUUGCAGAAAACAAAAAGGCUACUUCAAGAUCAUCCGUAUGCAGUUUUAAUGGGACAUUAAUAUCUUAUCUUAUUGAUGUGUAUGCUAAUAAUUUAUAAUAAGCGUCCAGCUAAAGAUGUUUUAUCAUAAAACAUGUUCAGGAUAAAGUAGGUUCGGUAGAUUGGAGACAACAGAUUGCUUCAUAGCAUCCACACCAACUUUUAUUUCACUUUGUACAUAUCAGGAGUUAUUUUUAAUGAUUGUUUCCAAAGAACCAGCCUGUCUUCUGGUAGUACUGUUUUUAUAUGGUAGGUUGUUUUUCUGUUGUAGAGUUUGAGUCAUGACUACUGGAAUCUUAGGUUAAAACUUAGUGGAGGUACUGAAUUUGGAGGCGAGCACAGGGGGAUACGCAUCCUCUUUAACCUGUAGUGAACAAAAGGGCUACAAAAAGUCAUCUGUCAUGAGCAGACAUUGACUUUGUAUUUAUGGGCAUAUUCAUUAUUUAUCAAGCACCCAUCUAAGGCUGCAUAUUAAUGAAACACAUCCAGCAGAUACUGUAAGAAUGCCAUGUGUGUCUCAGUAUGGUAAGAAGUAAAUGGUUCAGCGACAUACAGACUUGAACUUCUCUUUUUGUUUCCUAAUCUUUCCUUUUUUUCCCCCCUUUUUCUAUAUUUAUUAUAUUUAAACUCUUGGCAAAAUAAUUCUUUCUUAAGUAUGACUUUACCAUUUAACUUUCCCCAUUUGUCCAAAUUUGAGGAUAUUCUUUCUGUGGUCUGUAUCCACUCGAUGGUCUUUUCCCUGUUUUAGGGAGAUGUAGAUGUAUUAUUAUACCUGUUUUUAGCUCUACCUCUUAUUUUCCUGUAGGUGCCAGGCAUUAUAUUUUAAAAAAACAUCUGUCGUGCAAUUCUUUGAGAUCAAACACUGAUUUAUUUUUUUCAACUGGCACUGCAUAGGAUCUCUGAAUCUUAACUUGGACUUCCUUUUUUCUCUGUGACACUUAAGAUAUUGUAUUUUUGUUUUUUCUUGUUUGUCAAUAUGAAAUAACUAUGUACGAUUUUGCAGUGUUUUAAAGGGUAAUUCCAUCAAAAUUAUAUUUUACUUUUUAACAGCAAAAAAAAAAAAUGUUUUUAACUAUCUCUACAGAUACAGGGAAAAUAAACCUAAAAUUGCAUUAUCUGAUAAGAACAUCAGUAAAACAUUUUUUUUUUUAUGUUUCGUAUACCAAAGUCGGAGGAAAAAGUUACAGCCUGUCCUUUUUUACCAUCUGAACCAAUGCAGUUUAAUGUUCUCACACAGUUAACUGUGAACUCAACCCUAAAAACCUAUUUGAGUUGAUUUUCCUUUUAAAAUGUGAUCCUAUUUAAAAGCUGUUAAUGUGAUAAAAUGUCCAUCUUUUUUUUUU